AUGGCCGGGGUAUCAAAAGGAAGCAAUGAUGACUUUCUUCAACAGACCAUUUCAGAUGAAACGAAGACACCAGCGAAGCUGACACGGAGAGGAGUAGUAAUUCUUGGGAUUUCAGGAGUCGUUUUCGGUGGGAUCUACGCCGCGACAGCACCAUUUCUUACACCGGCAUUGAGGAAGAUCUGCUUGCCGUUCGUUCCGGCCACAACUGCCCAAGUUCGAAACGUAUUAUCAGUUCUUGAGGGCCGAUCAGGAACUCUGAUUGACAUUGGCAGUGGAGACGGAAGAAUUGUGCUGGAGGCUGCUAAGGCUGGGUUCCAAGCAUAUGGCGUAGAACUAAAUCCAUGGUUGGUUUUCUAUUCCAAGUUCAGUGCUUGGAGAUUUGGACUGAGUCAGAAUGCAAAGUUUUUCAGACAAGAUCUUUGGAAGACUAACUUGAAGAAGUACAACAAUAUUGUUAUUUUUGGAGUGGAUAAAAUGAUGCCACCCCUUGAAGAGAAACUUGAGAAGGAGUUGUGUAAGGAUGGGUGUGUUGUGGCCUGUAGAUUUCCCUUCCCUCGGUGGGAGCCUGUGAGGACUAUAGGUUCUGGUAUAGACACUGUGUGGUUAUACAGACAUGACAGCUCAUGACACGUGUGGUGCGAGGAUGGGCGUGUUGUGGCCUGUAGAUUUGCCCCUCCCUCAGUGGGAGUCUGUGAGGACUAUAGAUUCUGGUAUAGACACUGUGUGGUUAUACAGACAUGACAGCUCAUGACACGUGUGGUGCAAGGAUAGGCGUGUUGUGGCCUGUAGAUUUGCCCCUCCCUCAGUGGGAGCCUGUGAGGACUAUAGGUUCUGGUAUAGACACUGUGUGGUUAUACAGACAUGACAACUCAUGACACAUGUGGUGCGAGGAUGGCCGUGUUGUGGCCUGUAGAUUUGCCCCUCCCUCAGUGGGAGGUUGUGAGGACUAUAGGUUCUGGUAAACACUGUGUGGUUACACAGAUAUGAGCUUGUAACAGUGAUGGGAGGUAACUGGCCCCGAUAAAUAAUGUGAUAAACAAAUAUGUUAUUUCAUAUCUGGAAUCUUGACUGUUUAGGGCAGGUGAAACAGCCCAUUAUUGACAUGCAUUCUCAGUAGGUGAUUUUAAAAGGGUGUUUUGUAACAGAUUUGUAGGACUUGUUUCUGGUUUUGUCUGAUCCAAAAUGUCUGUCAGUGGCAUCAAGAAACACUUGUGAUUGAACAACUACUCUGUCGUUGCUCACUGAUUGUCUUCUAAUGUUCAAAGGAGGAAACAUGGGACAUGCUUAUUUCUCUGCAUAUCUGUGCUUUUCUUCAUAUUUUAAUAUUGUUACAAUACUUUCAUGAUUUAAAAUUAGCAAACAUUGACAUGGGAUAUUACUCCCUUCAUCUGUCCAUUUUGGGUGAAUGACACCAUCCAUAUUUUGCUCUGCUGAUUCAGUUAUUUUUGAAACCUUGACAAAAUGCUUUUUUAGUGCUUUAUGGGCUUAUCAAGUCUGAUUUAUGAUGUUAUAAUGUCAGCCCCCCACUCUGUAAUUUUGAUCAACUUUUUGAUCAACUGUUUUAAAGGAAAGAAACCCCUAUUUAAUCUUUUAAAGAGUACCGAACAAAGAGGCGUAUCAUCUGGUCAAUAUUUCCGGAGAAAAUGGUGUAAUAUAACACAGAAGUUUUAGUGAAUAAAGCCAAACAAAUGUCUGUUUCCUAAUCCUGUAAUUGAGUAUCCCGUUGCUCUCGUACAUAAGAGAUGAAUGAGGAAGUUUGACCAUCCAUGAAUAUAACAGACAAACAACAGUAGUUUAUUCCUCACACCCAUUUCCUGCAAACACGAACAAUGCUGACAAAGGACAGUAGUUCACUCUGCACACUCCAGUUCCCUUCACCCAUGAACGCAGCUGACACAGGACAGUAGUUCACUCUGCAUGCUCCAGUUCCUUCCACUCAUGAACACAACUGACACAAGAAAGUAGUUCACUCUGCACGCUCCAGUUCCUUCCACCCAUGAACACAACUGACACAGGACAGUAGUUCACCCGGCAUGCUCCAGUUCCUUCCACCCAUGAACACAACUGACACAGGACAGUAGUUCACUCUGCAUGCUCCAGUUCCUUCCACCCAUGAACACAACUGACACAGGACAGUAGUUCAUUCUGCACGCUCCAGUUUCCGCCCAUGAACACAACUGACAAAGGACAGUAGUUCACUCUGCACGCUCCAGUUCCCUUCACCCAUGAACCCAACUGACAAAGG